AUGAGCUCCCCGGUCGUGACGAGUCCUGUUAAUGGACACUUGUCGCCGGACGAGGCCAUGACAUCGACAGUUAUUGUCGAGGCCGGUCGGAGCGAUACCAGUAUUCCCGAUGCCCACGAUACCCCGGCGGACCGUUCAUCACCGUCGGCCUCAGAUAUCUAUCCCCACGAAACACCAAAUCAUGUCAACGAAGACCAAGAUUUUUCAGAAAGUCAUGGCUCUAGCCCAGGCAAUGCGUCGCAAGAUGCCGACUUUGACAUGCAAGAGAGCGUGGCUUCUCACCAAGAUGAUGAUGGUGAGAUGGACCGUGAGAGCUCACAAGGCUCAAGUCGGCCAUCAAAACGGAAAGCAGCAAUAGUAGAAGAAGAUUAUAUGCGAGAAAAUCCAGAGCUUUAUGGGCUCCGACGAAGUACUCGCGCACGAGAAACUAGGAAGCUGGUGGACUCUGAUGAAUCUGAUUCAGAAGAUGAUGAACCAGUCAGUCGCCGCCAGGCUAAGAGACGGCGCGUCAACACCUCUCAACCUUCAUCAAAGAGAGGCACCCCUAUUUUACAACCCUCUACGAACGAAUCCGAUUCCGAUUCCGACACAUAUGGCGGCGCCCGAGCAAAGAGCCAACUGAAAAAGGCUAGAUUACAGAGAGAGUCACAACCCGCCCUCGCGCUCGCCGAGAAGAGGUGGUCUUCCCGUCGUGCUGCGCAACAGGUUCAGCAAGGCAUGUAUGAGGAGAGUGACUUUGAAGAAGAGGAAGAUGAAGCGGACAUCGCGUCAGCAUAUUAUGUUGCUGACUACGUAGACGACUCACCGUAUGUCGAGAAAGUCGUCCGCCACCGGCUCAAGGAUGGGCUGGAAUUGCAGUACGAUUCUGGCCGCCACGAGUUUGAAUACUUUAUCAAGUGGCAGGGCAAGUCUCACUUGCAUGACACUUGGGAAACCAUUGAAGGUUUGCGCAAUAUGCGCGGUUUUCGCAAGGUCGAAAACUAUUUCCGAAAAGUAGUUGAACAAGAGCUUGACAUACGAUUUGGUGAUGACAUCCCUCCUGAGACCAAAGAGCAAUUCUUUUUGGACAGAGAGCGAGAUGAGGAUGCCUUUGAGGACUUCACCAAGGUCGAGCGAGUGGUCAAUGUGCGCGAGGGCGAGGAUGAGACUGAGUACUACGUCAAGUGGAAGGGACUCACGUACGAGGAGUGUACUUGGGAGCUGGCAUCGGACAUAAGUCACGAAUUUCAAGACAAAAUCGACCAGUAUCUUGACCGGUCAUCACGGUCUUGGCAGUCCGACCGUCGCGAAACAAACCUCGAUACCCGCAGCCGGAUGGUAAAGCUGGACAGCCAACCGUCCUACAUCCAAGGCGGCGAACUCCGCUCGUUCCAGUUGAAAGGACUCAACUUCUUGUGCCUCAACUGGACUAGAGGUAACAAUGUCAUUCUAGCGGAUGAAAUGGGCCUCGGCAAGACGGUCCAGACGGUUUCAUUUCUUAGUUGGCUUCGAAAUGAACGUCGACAGGAGGGUCCAUCACUUGUUGUAGCACCUCUCAGUGUCAUUCCUGCUUGGUGCGAUACCUUUAACCACUGGGCUCCCGACAUCAACUAUGUCGUGUACCUCGGUCCUGAGGAUGCCCGCAAUAUCAUCCGUGAGAACGAGUUGAUUGUUGGCGGCAAUCCCAAGAAGCCGAAAUUCAACGUCCUUGUCACAUCUUAUGAGUUCAUCUUGCAAGACUGGCAGUUUCUGCAGACCAUCAAAUGGCAGACACUUGCCGUUGAUGAAGCGCAUCGACUGAAAAAUCGAGAGUCACAGCUCUACGCAAGACUCGUAGGGUUUGGCGUUCCUUGCAAAGUCUUGAUUACGGGCACACCGAUUCAGAACAACUUGGCAGAACUCUCAGCCCUCUUGGAUUUCCUGAACCCCGGAAAAGUCAAUAUUGACGAAGACCUGGACUCGCUAUCCGCAGUCGAUGCCCAAGAGAAACUGGAAGAACUCCACAAGUCUAUCGCGCCUUACAUUUUACGACGAACAAAAGAAACAGUUGAAUCCGAUUUACCCCCCAAGACAGAGAAAAUCAUUCGAGUCGAGUUGUCUGAUGUACAAUUGGACUACUACAAGAAUAUUUUGACGAGAAACUAUUCUGCCUUGUGCGACGCCACUGGUGGCCACAAGAACUCCCUGCUGAAUAUCAUGAUGGAACUCAAAAAGAUCAGUAACCACCCAUAUAUGUUCCCUGGAGCAGAAGAACGUGUACUGGCUGGCAGCAUUCGCCGUGAAGAUCAGAUCAAGGGCCUCAUUACAAGCAGUGGAAAGAUGAUGCUCCUCGACCAGCUGCUCUCGAAAUUGAAGAAGGAUGGCCAUCGCGUUCUCAUCUUUAGUCAAAUGGUUAAAAUGCUUGAUAUUCUUGGAGACUAUCUGUCCUUACGAGGCUACAAAUUUCAACGUCUCGAUGGCACCAUUGCAGCUGGGCCUCGCCGCAUGGCUAUCAACCAUUUCAACGCAGAUGAAAGUGAAGACUUUUGCUUCCUGCUCUCGACCCGCGCUGGAGGCCUUGGGAUUAACCUCAUGACUGCGGACACUGUCGUCAUCUUCGACUCGGAUUGGAAUCCUCAAGCUGAUUUACAAGCGAUGGCUCGAGCUCAUCGUAUCGGCCAGAAACGCCCUGUCAAUAUCUACCGCCUCGUCUCCAAGGAGACGGUUGAGGAGGAAGUUUUGGAACGCGCCAGGAAUAAGCUCUUGCUGGAAUACUUGACGAUUCAAGCUGGAGUGACUGACGACGGCAAAGCAGCCUUCAAAGAGACGCUGAACAAGAAGGGUCUCAAGACGGAUGGUCCUUCUUCAUCUGAAGACAUCCAAAUGGUCUUGAAGAUGCGAUCCUCCAAGAUGUUUGAACAAAGCGGCAAUCAAGAACGUCUUGAGCAGCUUGAUAUCGAUUCCAUCCUGGAGAAUGCAGAAGUUACCAAGACCAAGGUUGACGACAAGAUGAACCUUAGCAGCGGCGGUAUUGAUUGGGACAAUUUUAUGCAAAUCACUGACGUGAAAGUGGAUGACAUCAACUUGGACUGGGAUCAGAUCAUUCCCGCUGACAAGCUAGCGGAGAUCAAAUUGGAUGAGGAGAAGCGCCAAAAUGAGGAGUAUGUUGCCAAGUUGGCGGCAGAGAAUGCACCUCGUAGAGCUACGAUUAAGAGCCGCAACAAAGAAAAUGAUCGUGCCGAUCGCCUCAAGAAGCGCCAGAGGGAGCAACAGCAAGAAGAAGAAGAGCAGCGGGCUCUUCUGGCAGACCCCAAGCGACCGCUGAACGACAAGGAGCAGCGAAAUCUUAUCAAAGCCUACUUCCGAUUUGGAUCUAUGGAUGAUCGCGAGGCAGACAUCAUACAGGAAGCCAAACUCGUCGAGAGAGACCGUGAAUUCGUCAAGUCUGUGUUGGAUGACUUCAUCAAAGCCGCUAAGCAAGCUGUGGAUGACAAUAAUCUGAAGCUUGUAGAAGAAGAAAAGAAGACAGGAAAGAGUUUGACCAAGAAGGACCGAAAGGCCGUCCUUAUCGAUUUUGGUGAAUUGAAGAAGGUCAACGCAGAAACUGCAAUCGAACGUCCUAAGCAAUUGCAGCUUCUUCGGAAGUCUAUUCACAACCAGGCCGACUGGCGAAACUUUCGUCUCCCCGAUGCUACCAAAGGUGCAAACUAUACGUGCCCAUGGGGAGCCAAAGAGGAUGCAAUGCUUCUAGUUGGUAUUGACAAGCACGGCUUUGGAGCAUGGGUUCAAAUUCGUGAUGACGCAGAUUUGGACAUGCAGGACAAGCUAUUCUUGGAAGAACACAGGGUUGGCAAGAAGGAAGAGCGACACAAGGCCAACGAUAAACUUAAAGCCCCUGGUGCAGUGCAUCUUGUUCGUCGAUCAGAAUAUCUGCUCUCCGUUCUCCAAUCCAAGUACUCCGAUGAUCGCGUGGCACAGCGAAUCGUGGAUAAUCACCACCGAAACAACAAGAAGAAUAGUGUAUCCAACGGCCAUCGUGGAAGCGGAACGGCCUCGCCUGCUCCUCACACGGUGAAGAAGAAUCGUGACAGAGACCGCGAUGAUCAACGAAGUCGAAGCAAUGCAGACGAUCGAGCUGCAGCUAGACCCGACUUCAAGCGGAAGCAUGGAUCCUACGAGGAUGACCGCAGUCCGAAGCAUCGCCGAGUUGAAGAAGGUCGUCGUUUAAGCAAACACGGUGUCGAUCGCGAUCGCGAUCGUGAGCGAGAGCGAGACCGUGACAGACUGGAUCACCGCCGUCAUAGGGACGACGACGACAGACGCCAUGAUAAACAUCGGCAUCGGUAUGAUGAUGAACGACGUCGGGAUGAGCGCCGUCGGGAUGACGAUAGGCAUCGUGACCGCGAUCGUGACCGCGAGCGGGACAGAGACAGAGAUCGUGAUCGAGACCGCCACAGGGAGAGAGACAGGGACUCAGAUAGAGAUAGAGUCAGAGACCGGGAGCGCGAUCGUGAUCGUAACCAUGGCCGAGAUCAUGGCCGUGAUAGAGAGCGUGAACACACUUCCCGCCCUCAAGAUGAGAGGAGAGCCAAAGCAUUGCGCCGACUGGACGAACUCCGCCGCAUUGGUGAUAACAAGGAUGAACGCAACAGAGACAACGACGCCAUGAUUUGGUAUCUCCUGAAGCCUGUGCGAGAAAACUUUGAAAAGAUAUUGUCGACGACUAAGGACAAUGUAAAGUCGAGCAAAGAGCGAGCUUCUAUUUUCGGGGUAGAGUUGGUUGCUAUUGGCACUUUCCUUGACGAGAAACUCCCUGUCACUGCCGCCGACGAGAGUCUCAAAAACAACUUCUGGGACUUUUUGGCUGCGCUCUGGCCGGUCGACGAUACUAGCAAGAGCGUCACAGGCAAACGAUUGAGCAACAUGUAUCGUACACUUCAUGCCCGUAACAAAGAUUCAGGGCCCAGCUCUACACGAACGAAUGGAGCAUAG